GUCUCUGCCAAGUCCAGAGCAUGUCUCAGAGUCUUUGAAGACUCCAGUACCAGCCAUCAUCGGGCCCUUGCGAGAUCGCCAUCUUCGAGGAAGAACUGACGAGAAGGCUUGGACGCGCUUCUUCCUGGAAGAUGGUGGCAUGCACUGGAAGAA